CCCCACAUUUACCGGAGUCCGAAUGUAAUAAAAUAACCCACCUCGCCAGAGCGCCUAGCUCAUCGAUCACCGUUUCCCAAUCAUGCCAUUCCAAACUGACGACUUUAUAGAUUUCGCUAAACAAUUCGUCAAUCCUGACCUCUCCUCCUGGCAAUCAUAUGUAGAAACACCAGAGUUCAAGGUGUACCGGCGGACUUCCGAUCGCAACUCAUCGCUGUUUGAGUACCGUAUAAUUGGAGGCUGGAAGGACAUUCCAGCUAGGAUAUUGUCUCAUGUCUACUUGGAUCUGGCAUAUCGAAAAUCUUGGGACAAGCACAUGAUCUCAUACAAAGACUUGGGAUCCAAUACUUUUCACUACCUAAUCAAAUAUCCAUGGCCAAUGAGUAAUAGAGACUACGUUUACGAGAUCCAGAAGAAAGAAAUGAAAUCCCAGGACGGGAAAAGAAUGUGGGCCAUCUUAGGAGACUCUAUCAAGGAUCCACAGAUUCUGUCCCAAGUCACUCACGAGAAAGGCGUUGUGACAAUUGAUAACUAUGCUCAGAGGAUCGUUAUUGCCGCCGACGGCGACAAGGGAAGCCAAGUUUUGAUGGAUUAUUUUGAUGACCCAAAGGGCAAUAUACCAACUGCUGUCAUCAAUUGGGCAGCCAAGACAGGUGUUCCUGGGUUUAUGAAGAGCUUGCAUCAAGCUUGCAUCAAGUUUGAGAAGGAACACCCAGGAUUUGAAGAACAAUCCGCGGAUGUAAUAGAAUUUGAGCUGUAGAUUUUGAUAGCUGGUUUUCUACGCUGUGAAUAAAAUUCAAUCAGCCAUUGAU